AUGAAGCUUGCAGUGUUGGACUUGGGAACCAUAUUUGCAAAGAUUUUCAAGACUUCUGCUUCUCCGGUUGUCCCUCCAGCUAACUCCCCAAAUAGCGGACCUUCAACCUCACCUUAUGGACCAUCACUGAUAUCAAUACCUUCAUCUAAAGCAACACCUCUCACUUCUUCCUUGUUCAAUGUCUCAGGAAAAGCCUCUGUAUUUUCUGGAACUGCCUCUGCUCCCGGUAGCCCUGCCACUGUUAAAAACAGUAGCACCUCUCUUCUAGCCUUGGCUAGUGCCACUAAAUCAACCGGGCUGAGUAUUGGUGCUGCAAAUCAGUUAGCAGUCCGGCCAGCUCCAAACUCCAGUCUGGUCAGUUUAAAUACAAUGAAAACCAUGCAGGCUCAGACUGGAUCAAACAACAGUAUCGCAUCUGGUUCGGGAAGGUCCUCGGUAUACGUUGCAGAUAGCGUUACAUGGAACUCGCCUAACAAGCAACAAUUCACUUUGCCUGACAUCGGUGAGGAAUGGCUCACAGAUACCGAUUCAGUAGAAAGUAACAAUGAAAAUUUUGCCUGUCUUUCCAAUAACCUCCAACAACUGUAUAAGGGCAACAAUAAGGAAGGUCAGCUGAACAAAAACCUGGGCCUUGUUGUAAUAGGAAAGGGAAUAUCAAAAGGAACAGCCGACUUUCACUGCUUUCCUGAGAAAACAAAUGAUUCUAUUCCAGCUAAUUUUACAAAACAUGUUCAAGGAGCAAUUCAGAAUUACAACAGUAAUGAAUCCAUUGUAUCUGAAUCACCCAGUGGGCAGACCACACCAACAUACCUUAAUAAUUCUUGGUCUGCAAUCCAGAGCUAUACAACAGGCCUGUCCACAGAGCGCAGUUCAGUCUACUCCUGGAGAGAUGACGAAUUUGACAAAGCAAACACGCGGACAGUACAUCAGCUGUUCUGGGAAAUCGAUGAGAUGCUAUUUGAAGGAAAGGUGAGCAGUCGUACGGAAAGCAUUCAAACUGAGUGUCAAGAAUGGAGAGAACGUUCACCCCAGCUCAGGAUUUUGGGAACCCAGCUCUUGCUGCCAAAAGAUGAAGGCUUUCAACAUUUCCAGAGUAGAGGAAACAGCUCCGUGAUAACGAGGGCAUUACCUAGUUUCUGUGAUAGCACCAGCGACAUGAAAGAGCUGAGCCUCUCAGGCCUACGUCUGCUUCCGGCCCAAUCUCCCUUCCACAGUGGAUCAAACUCCACUAUGAGUUCCCUCGACUCAGACUCCUCUAUUUUCUCAUUCCUUGAGGAGGAGAUCUAUGAUGUGGACGGAAACAUUGAAGAGUAUUUUGCAUAUGACAGUAAAGAAUGCGAUGAUGAGAGUUCAGAACAAAAAGAAGUUCAGCUUGCUCGAAGGAGAAAUAAACGGGGCAUUCCUCCCAUUUCUCCCAAUGCUUGCAUUAAAGACGCUGCAUCAGCGGAGAUAUUUGAUGAUAUCUGGCGGGAUGUGAUUGAAAUGUUGGAAGAGCUAAUCAGGAAACAGUGGGAAAAUACCCUUUCAGAUGAGGAUAAGCAGACAGUGAACAUGCAGAGUACAAUCAUGAGCAAACUGCCUCAUAUCAGUGACUCUCGAAUCAUCUUAACAAACUAUAGCAUUCCACCGUCGAGAGGCUCUGAGACACGUGUCUUGGCAUUAGGUACAUCCUUCAUCCACUCUCAGGCUUAUCGCAUGACAAGCACUUAUCGUAAUGAUUUAAAUGGUGUGAUGACAAUUCAAGCCAAGCCACUUCAGCAGAGACACGCAGGAUUACCUGACAAAACACAGUGUGACCAGGAUGAAAAACAGUUAAGUACAGGCUCCAGUAUUUUAUCCACAAUACGAAAUCGCCAGGGACGUACUGUAGAUCACAGUGUGCUUUCAGCAUCCCGCAUCAUGCAGGCAUCUUCACGAAAGACAGGUACACAACGUAAGCUGCCAUCGCUUGGUUCAGAGCUGUUAAAGGCGAAAGCUGCCAAUGUCUACAGUGAUGAGAUCCUUCGAGGAACUAAACUACACAUUGGCACUGAUCGGCUAUCCUCUCCUCCAGUACAGACUGCUCGCACUAACCAAUUGCCACCCAUUCAUUCUGAAUCAACAGAAGCACAACCUCCCUUGCCUGGGUCAAGAUACCAGUUGAGAGGAAGAUUUCCACGUAGCAGAGUGUCAAGUGCUAUUGGGGAAGGAACAAGCCGACGACCUCUCAGGGAACGACCUAUCACUAUGGAUACUUCUUCACGACCGAAUACAACACAUUCAUUUAGGUCUGAUACACCAUUCAAACGGUCUUUCACACCAAUGGACUAUGCCAGCCAUACUCGGACACGGCGGGCUUCCUUUACAGAUCGUGCUGGAAUUGGUGUGACUGGCAUCAGCCUAGGGAUUUCUGCCUCUAGUUCUAAUUAUCCCACAGAUUUUGCACAUCACCAUCAUCAUCUAUUAAACCAACCACCCAUUGAAGGUGACGAAGAUGAGUAUCGAACAAUGUGGGGUCCACAAACCCAUUUCCAGUCCAAAACAUUCAAUCGUCUUCCUACAAAUUCUAGAAAGUGAUCCCAAGUGUUUUCAUUGGUAAAGUCAGUUCAAAGACUGGAGAAUGGGAAGCUUGAAAACGAAUGAAGACAGUCUGCUUACGUCAGGUCACAAACAGGACAGGAGAAAGCCUGAUUAGAAGAAAACAUGAAAUGGAAAUUCAGAGAAUUUUGAAGUGGUGAAAGGCUUGUAUUGAAGCAUUAACGUUGAGGCAAUGAUCAAUGGUAUACAGUGUCAGUUGGCUGUCUCCGUAUUAAUUAAUACUAUUUAGCAAACUAUGCAAUACUAUUUGCCAAGGUAGCAGGUACUAGACUUUAGGAAAGCAAUAUUUCUUGGUUUCAUAACUAGUGACUUGACACUUUAAUUCUGUUGCCCUGAAAUUGCUCAUUAGCUCCAACAUGAUAUUUAUACCUCAAUAACCUCUUGACAGGCAGCUACUACAAGUACAUUUUGUGUUAAUUAAGGAACUAGACUGCUUUAACAACUCAAAUCUGCAGUCUUUGAAAGUCUGCACCAUGUGCUUGUUGAAUUCAGUAUGAACAAGGUAAAGUGAAAUGAUAAGUUUGCAGUUAUGCCACAGAAAUGCAAGUUAUUCCUAUUUAGAUGUGCGUGCUUUCUUGUGGAUUGUCAGUAUUUAUGUGAAGACAAAAAUCUGUGGCAUGUGCUUGUCAUCUCUUUCUAAUUUCACAAUGAUGUAACAUAUUCUUAUGUUUUAUUUUCCUGUUUAUAUUAUUUAUAAUUCAAAAAUGGCAUUUAUAAGGUAUUCUAAUAUCAUUUAGUAAUCAUGUUGCACAUAUCAGUCCAUAAGAGAUGUAGUGUUACAUAUAUUGUAUAUAGCGUUCAAGUAAUCUAUGCAGUGACAAGAGUAGAGAUCUAGAGUACUAGAUGCCAAUAAUAUUCCCUCUAAUUUGUUCAGAUAUUAUUAAAUUAUACACCCAACACUCAAACGUAAUUCAGUGGGUCAAAUCUGGCUGGCGUGGGGCAUCUUGUAAUGUGUGCCGUUAAACUUUUCUCUGCGCUAUAACUUUCUGGAAAUGUGAGCUGAUAACUGCUGGUGAGGGCACCAAGGCAUCUGGGAUCUGAGUCAACAAUGAGACUGAAUGCAUAACCCUUUUAUCAAUGGGAUUUAGGGAUUGAGAAUGAAACAGUGAAGCAAAGAAGAAAGAGAGUGAAUUAGAGUCAAAUCACAUACAGAAAGAAAUAAUAACUGCACUGAGAGAGGAACAAAAGAGAUAGAAAGGAAAAUUAAGAAGUUUUUAAAUCUUUAAUCUCUAAGAAGAAUUUACUUACAUGCAGAAUUGAAACUGAACAGUUUAGAUUGUUUCUUUUCUGAGUUGCUAUUGAUUCACCGACAUUGCAUUAACAAUAAUCGCAUCACUGAAAAGGUAUUUACACUGUUAAUAAUGAGACUUAAAGUUCUGUGGUGCAUUUAAUGGGUAAAUAAUGUGCAAAGCCAAUAAGUUCUUGACAAUAUCAAAGAAGCUAAGGAAGAGAUGCCAUUUAUGCAAAGCAAAUGGCAGAAUGUUGUGAAUUAACCAACCAAUUCAGGAAAAUCAUAAGUCAUGAUGUAUCUCUUCAUUCCCUGAACUUGGUGGCUGAUUUGCGUAUUAAUUACAUUAUGCAUCAUGAACUCACUGCUCUUUUACUGCUAAGAGUUCCAUUAUUUAGUAAAACCAUGUUUGUGUGAAGAUUCUGUUUUUACAAUGUAAUGGUAUUUUUAAUUGUAUUUUAAUGUGUGAAUUUGCCAAAUCUUUUAUGUUGUUCAGAAUUUGUGUGUGUAUGUGUAUGUGUAGAUACAUAAUAGUGUAGAAUGUACUAUUUUUAAUAUAGGUAGAUGAAUACUUAAUUAACUUGUAUGAUAUUUCUCUGCUUGCCAGUUUAUCUGAGGUUUUUGUUACCAAAUAAAUAGGUUCAUGCCAGUCCUAAAACAGGAGGAAUUUCAGAGAGAGGAAUUAGAUAUUCACGUGGUUUCCCCAAAAGUAAAUUUUAAACUAAUACUGCUUGGAUUUUAUGGUAUAUCAUAAAAUGUUUUAUUUAUACAUUCAAAUAUUUUUGGUAUGUCAGAUUUGCUUUAAUGUUUUGUGUAAAUAAACAGU